AUGUCUACAGCCCACAGGCCAACAUGGGACCCAGCUCAGGCGAAGGAUGUCAAAGGUGGAUCGCGUCAAAUCUCAGCGCGCGAUAUCGCAUCCCACACUAAGUUGAAAUUUCGACAACCUGGACAGACAGCAACGUCAGACGUAGUUAAACAUGAUCUACGUGCAGAACUACUGGAAGCAGAGCGCGCUGCUCGUGAGAAGAAGAGGAAGGCAGAAGGGAAACCUAUGGUUGAGGACGAACCGGCUCCACCUGCAGUAGCUUCAGUGGGAGAUAGUGAAACAAAUAAACGACGAAAAUUAUUACAGGAGGCACUUGAGCUUGACAAAGAUGACGAUGAUGAAAGCUCGGAUGAGAAACGUGAGGCUAAGGGAGAGGGAGAAAGAAAAGAGAAUGGAUCAGAUGAAGAUGAGGAUGAUGAUGACGAAUCCGAGGAAGAGGACGAAACUGCAGAGCUUCUACGCGAGCUUGAAAGGAUCAAACGUGAGCGCGCGGAGGAAAAGGAAAGACUAGAACGCGAGCAAAAUGCCAAAACACAGAUGGCGCGGGAGGAGGAAAUUGCAACAGCGAAUCCGCUACUCAAUCUAGCCGCCGCCCUCGGACAAAAUACAGGCGUCAGCACGACAGCACCUGGCACCUUUGCAGUGAAGCGGCGAUGGGAUGAUGACUUGAUCUUUAAAAAUCAAGCGACAAACGUUGACAAGCCUUCUGGGCAAUUUGUUAAUGAUCUCUUGCGGACCGAGUUCCAUAAGAAAUUCAUAGUCCUUAUCAUUUUGGUUUGCACUGCGCGUCACUGA